AGUACGUGUGCGCGCGCGUGCGUGCGUGCGUGCGUGUAUGUAUGUAUGUAUAUAUACACAUUUACUCAUCUUUGUAUUCAAAUCUCUUCCCAUUUUUUGCUAUUGUUGUGAUCACAGUUCAUACAAACAAGCUGUAUUCUGUUCAUUGCAAUCAAACCUAAAUGGACGACCACACACACACACACACACACACACACACACACACACACAGUUGCUGUCUCUGAUUCAUCCUCGUUCUCUUUCAGGAGUUGAAUUGAACAAGCCCACUCAUUUCACUGUGAGCACUAAAGCAGCAGGGAAGGCAAACCUGGACUGCAACUUCAGUGGCCCAACCAAAGGAGAGGCUGUCAAGGACUUUGAAAUCAUCAACAACCAUGACAACACACACACUGUGAAAUACACACCCGUGCAGCAGGGCCCUCUGGGAGUUGCUGUGACCUACGGUGGAGAUAACAUUCCCAAGAGCCCCUUCAGCGUUGCCGUGGCACCCACACUGGACCUCAGCAAGAUCAACGUCACAGGCCUGGGAGACAAGAUGACUGUAGGCAAAGACCAGGAAGUGACUGUCAAAUCAAAGGGUGCUGGCGGUCAGGGGAAGGUCGCCGCCAAGGUGACCUCACCAUCAGGGAAGCCAGUGGCCUGCAAGGUUGAGCCAGGGCUGAGCCCAGAGACCAGUCAGGUGAAGUUCAUCCCCCGAGAGGCGGGACCAUACCAGGUUGAACUGACCUAUGAUGGAAUGCCCAUCCCUGGAUCCCCCUUCAACCCGACAGCUUAUCCUGUCUCCGAUCCUUCCAAGGUCCGCUGCUCUGGCCCAGGCCUGGAGCGCGCCAAGGUCGGGGAGAAAGGGGAGUUCAUCGUGGACUGCACCAACGCCGGCCCGGCCGAGCUGACCAUCGAGAUCAUCUCGGACAGUGGCACCGAAGCCGAGGUUCACAUCCAGGACAACGGAGACGGGACCUACACCAUCACCUACAUCCCCCUCUACCCCGGCUCGUACACUCUCACCAUCCGCUAUGGAGGCCAGGAUGUGCCCAACUUCCCCGCUCGGCUCACCGUGGAGCCUGCGGUCGACGCCAGCGGAGUGCGUGUCUUCGGACCAGGAGUGGAGGGCAAAGGUAUUUUCCGUGAGGCGACCACAGACUUCACCGUGGAUGCUCGUGCUCUAACACAGACCGGAGGUGACCACAUCAAAACCCUCAUCAGCAACCCGUCUGGCAGCCACACUGACGCCCUGGUCGCCGACCUUGGAGAUGGAACCUACAGCGUAGAGUACACUCCCUACGAGGAGGGUCCGCAUAGUGUGGAGGUCCGCUACGACGGCUCUCCGGUGCCCAAGAGUCCGUUCCAUGUCGCCGUCACUGAGGGCUGUGAUCCAGCUCGCGUUCGUGUGCAUGGUCCUGGCCUGAAAGGUGGCAUCACCAACAAGCCCAACAAGUUCACGGUGGAAACCCGAGGAGCAGGCACUGGUGGUCUCGGUCUGGCGAUGGAGGGUCCAUCAGAGGCCAAAAUGUCCUGCACUGAUAACAAGGAUGGCAGCUGCAGUGUGGAGUACAUCCCAUACGAGACCGGCAAAUACAACCUCAACGUCACCUAUGGAGGACAGCCCAUCAAAGGUAGUCCGUUCUCUGUGCCAGUCAGUGACACAGUGGACAGUACCAAGGUGAAGUGCCAGGGUCCAGGUCUGGGGAACAAUGUCAGAGCCAACAUCCCCCAGGCAUUCACAGUGGAUGCCUCCAAAGCUGGAGUCGCCCCACUGCAGGUCCGCGUACAAGGACCCAAAGGUGUGGUGGAGCCAGUGGAAGUGGUGGAUAACGGCGAUCAGACUCACACAGUCAACUAUGUUCCCACCAGAGAGGGACCCUAUUCCAUCAACGUGUUGUACGCUGACGAGGAGAUCCCACGCAGCCCCUACAAGGUGAAGGUGCUCCCCACCCACGAUGCCAGUAAGGUGCGUGCCAGCGGACCUGGCCUCAACACCACCGGGGUGCCCGCCUCUCUGCCCGUCGAGUUCACCAUUGACGCCAAAGACGCAGGCGAGGGAUUGCUGGCGGUGCAGAUCACUGACCCGGAGGGGAAGCCGAAGAAGGCCAAUAUCCGUGACAACCAUGACGGGACCUACCUGGUGUCAUAUGUGCCAGACAUGACUGGCAGAUACACCAUCCUUAUUAAGUACGGAGGGGAUGAGAUCCCAUACUCCCCCUACCGUAUCAGGGCCCUGCCCACCGGAGAUGCCAGCAAGUGCACUGUCACAGUCUCAAUCGGCGGUCACGGUUUAGGAGCUGGUGUCGGCCCAACUAUCCAGAUUGGCGAGCAGACAGUCAUCACUGUGGACGCCAAGGCUGCUGGGAAAGGCAAGGUGACAUGCAGCGUGUGCACGCCCGAGGGGGCGGAGCUGGACGUGGACGUUGUCGAAAACGAGGACGGCACGUUCGACAUCUUCUACACGGCGCCGCAGCCUGGCGAGUAUGUCAUCUGCGUCCGCUUUGGAGGGGAGCACAUCCCUAAUAGUCCUUUCCAAGUCACGGCGCUGGAAGGAGCUCCAUCAGAUCAGCUCAUGCAGCAGAGCCAAAUGCCCUCGUACUACGCUCAACAGCCCUGGGCAACAGACAGACCGAUGGGAAUGAAUGGUCUGGAUGUGGCGGGGCUGAGGCCGUUUGACCUCGUCAUCCCGUUCACCAUACAGAAGGGAGAGAUCACAGGUGAGGUCCGGAUGCCAUCAGGCAAGGUGGCCAAGCCUGACAUCACAGACAACAAGGAUGGCACUGUGACUGUCAAGUACGCUCCCACUGAGGCCGGUCUGCACGAGAUGGACAUCAAAUACGACGGCAUCCACAUCCCUGGAAGUCCCUUACAGUUUUAUGUGGACUACAUGAACAGUGGUAAUGUCAGUGCCUACGGCCCUGGCCUCAUCCACGGGACCGUCAACAAGCCAGCAGUCUUCACUGUCAACACUAAAGAUGCCGGGGAGGGGGGUCUGUCUCUGGCCAUCGAGGGUCCAUCCAAGGCAGACAUCAGCUGUGUUGACAACCAGGAUGGGACCUGCACCGUCUCCUACCUGCCUGUCCUGCCCGGAGACUACAGCAUCCUGGUCAAAUACAAUGACAAGCACAUCCCCGGCAGCCCCUUCUCUGCUAGGAUCACUGGUGAUGACUCCAUGAGGAUGUCCCAUCUGAAGGUGGGCUCAUCUGCAGACAUCCCGCUUGACAUCGGGGAGUUUGACCUCAGCCAGCUGACCGCCUCCCUGACCACGCCCUCGGGCCGCGAGGAGCCCUGCCUGCUGAAGAUGCUGCGUAACGGCCAUGUUGGCAUCUCGUUUGUUCCGAAGGAGAUCGGAGAGCACUUUGUGAACAUCAAGAAGAACGGUCGCCAUAUUCCCAGCAGCCCCAUCUCUGUCAUGAUCAACCAAUCGGAGUUUGGCGACGCCAGCCGCGUGCGUGUGAGUGGACAGGGCCUGAACGAAGCCCGGACCUUUGAGCCUGCUGAGUUUAUCAUCGACACUCGUGAAGCAGGCUAUGGCGGCCUGAGCUUGUCCAUUGAGGGGCCCAGUAAAGUUGACAUCAACACCGAGGACCAGGAGGACGGCACCUGUAAGGUCACCUACUGCCCCACUGAACCAGGAAAUUACAUCAUCAACAUCAAGUUCGCUGACCAACAUGUGCCAGGUGCUUACUUAAAGACGGACAGGGAUUGUGCUGCAAUACAUUGCAAAUCAGAAGUUCAUAGUUUCGAGUCUGUAUUCACGACUUCUGAUCAAAAUGUGUCCCAGUAUGGACAGCCGGAGCAAACUGAUGUUAGUAUGGCAAGUCCAAAGUGUGUGUGUGUGUGUGUGUGUGUGUGUGUGUGUGUGU